GAAUUGACAAUAUUGAAAGCCAUUGAAAAGGAAAAAAAUACAAUUUUUGAGUAAAACUUGAGAGACAGUAUCUAGAAUUCAUGAUAUUCAGUCUGGGGAAAUGGGUAAACCAAAGAACAAAGGCAAAAAGGGGCAGGAUGAAGAAUUUGAUGAUGACAUCCCUGACCCAGUUUUGAAUUUGGAGAAAACAGAAGAAGAAAAUGUUAAACCAGUCAAGUCUGCAGGAAAGAAGAAGAACAGGAGGAAAAGGGAUGAUGAUGAUUGGGAGGAUGAUGUGGCUGCUGAGUUAGCUGCAUUGUCAAUGGAAAAUAAAGAUGAUGAGGUAAAUGGAGACAAGAAUGAGGAACCAGUGUAUGCCCCAAAGAAAAAGGAAAAGAAGAAGAAAAAAGCAAAAGCAGAUGAAGAGGAUGAAGAGGAUAUGGGAGAGGAAGAAGUUGAAGUACAAAAGAGCCAGAAAAAAACAAAUAUGUCAGCAUUCCAGCUUCUGAUGGAGGACGAGGAUGAAGACAAUAUGGCUUCAGACAAGGAUGAUGAGGAGGAAAAAGAAGAUGUUAUAGAAGCCAAACCGAAAGUUGAAAGUACUAAAUCAAAAUCCAAAAGUAAAAAAGAAAAGAAAAAAGAACAGAAAAACGAAGAUAUUGAUGCUAUUUUAGCUGACCUUGAAAAACCAAAAGCAUCAAAAAAGAGUAAGAAAAAGAAAGGAGGUGAUGUUGAAGAAGAUGAAGAAGAAAAAGCUGCUAACAAUGACUUGCCUACUGAGGAAGAAAUGGAGGCCAAGAUGCAAGCCAAGGUGGUAACAAUGGAAGAUCUGGAUGAGGAGGAAGAUGAGGAUGAUAGAAAAAAGAAGAAAAAGAAAGGAAAGAAGAAAGACACAAAGGAAGAAACAGAGGGGGAGAAAAUAGAGGAAGGAGAUGAAGGUGAAGAGGCUGAGGAAGGACCUACUGUAAAGACAAAUGCUCAGAAACGGAAAGAAAAGAGAGAGCGAGAGAAACUUAAAAAACAACAGGUAAAUAGAUAG